AUGAAGACUUCGCAUUUCCUCUUGGGCUUAGUCGCCCUUGGUCAAGGCAUCAACGCUGCGGCUAUUCAUAAUGUCGAAGAUGUCGCGUUAGACGUAACGACAUCGGAUGUUCCGAUAGAACAACGGGAUCCGGAGACGUUUGCACAGAGUGAAGAUCUAUGGAAGCGCAAAGGCGGUGGAGGAGGUGGUGGUAGAGGCGGUAGUGGCUCUAGUGGUGGCUCCAGCGGUGGCUCUUCAGGUUCGUCUGGCGGUCGCGGUGGUUCAGGCUCCUCUGGCAGCUCCGGAGGUUCUUCUAGCGGCGGUCGCGGAUCGUCAGGAUCCAACACUGGCGGCUCGACAACAACCGGAAGUGGUACCCGACCUAAUUACGGAGGCGGGUCUUAUUAUAGCGGUGGCGCAACGCAGCCGUUCAAAUCCGGUGGUAAGACCGCCUCAGGCAUCUUCCCCUUCGUCCUCGGCGGCGCCGCGAUCGGGGCCCUUGGCUUCGUAGGCCUGAGCUUAGCCUACAACGCAUACGCGUAUCCCUACACGAACCGUUACUACUACCACAACAGCACAACCAAUCAGAACGAGACUAAGCCCGUUACGUGCAUAUGCGACUACUACGGAGAAUGCGGCUGCGACGACAACGGUAACCAAACAUAUUUCAACUCGGUAAUCGGAGACGGCAGCUAUCAAAACCUAGACAAAUCGGUUGUUACAGUAGCUGAGAACGAAACUACACACGAGAAAACCAUCUACAUCAUCGGCACUUUGCCCAACGGCACAACAUCGUCCGGUGGUACCGAAGAUCCAAACGCGGGCGCUGGCUUGCAAACACUAGCUCGCGCCGUAGGCUGGUGGCCGGUUGUGACGACGGCAAUCGCCAUCGUAUGCCUUUCUUAA